UCCGAGCCAGCAGGGGGCGUCGUUUCUGUACAUUCAGAUCGCUGCUUCGCCGGGCGGGAUUUCCGCAAUAAUAUCAAGUAUGGCGAAGACAUACGACUAUUUGUUUAAAUUACUGUUAAUCGGCGACUCUGGUGUCGGGAAGACCUGUGUUCUGUUCAGGUUUUCAGAAGACGCCUUCAACUCGACGUUUAUCUCAACAAUAGGCAUUGAUUUCAAGAUUAGGACAAUAGAGCUUGACGGCAAGAAGAUAAAGUUACAGAUAUGGGAUACGGCUGGCCAGGAGCGCUUCCGAACAAUCACAACAGCCUACUACAGAGGAGCAAUGGGCAUCAUGCUUGUCUACGACAUCACCAACGAGAAGUCUUUUGAAAAUAUCAAGAACUGGAUAAGGAACAUAGAGGAGCAUGCAUCAUCUGAUGUUGAGAAGAUGGUCCUUGGCAACAAGUGUGACAUCAACGACAAGCGGCAGGUGUCCAAAGACAGGGGGGAGAAGCUUGCGUUAGAGUAUGGAAUAAAGUUCAUGGAGACCAGUGCAAAGGCCAACAUCAACGUGGAAAAUGCAUUUUUGACACUUGCCAGAGACAUCAAAUCAAAAAUGGACACAAAAUUGGAGGGCAAUACACCGCAGGGGAGCAGUCAUGGAGUCAAGAUAUCAGAGCCUCAGAAAAAGACCAGCUUCUUCCGCUGUAGCCUACUCUGAGGACCGAGGCCUUCGAUGCUGGCAGGACACAAAUGGACUGUGCUUGCUCUUAGCACUUCCUUCCCCUUUGAUAUUUCUGUCCUACCAGACCACACAAACCAUUAUAUUCCAAGUAAGAGGAGGACUUCCCCUCCUCUCUUCCUCUUCUGAAAGCUUCCAGUGGUGCACCUCUUCCAUUUUAAGGAGGUCUGUUGUCUUCAUGGGUCAGAGUGCUUGACUGGUCGAGGACUCAACCAGGUGCAUUGUCCAGAUGUUCCUUAUCACACAAAAGACAGGCUCUUACUUCUGAUGGUAGUCUCUCUGUACUGCGCAUUCAUAUUUCACACAGCCAGUAGCACAACCAAGGAAAAGAAAUCAUUUGAUUAAUGUCAAGGUUUUGGGAUUGCAAAUACAAAUGUGAUAUUUAGAUCUAUUUUUAUUAGUGCUCUUUCCCUUUCAUGUUAUAAAUGUCAACCAGAGACUGAAAGGCUUGAACUCUAGUGAAACAGAGUUGCACAUGCUUUCAUUUUCAUUUCAGCAGGUCAGAAUCAAAUCACACAUAAGGCAGUCAAGGAUCAGAGAGGAGCUGGAUUGAAAGGUUUUCCAUUUGAGUUCUGCUCUUUGGUUUGCGUGUAGUCCUUGACAAUCAUUUGAUGUGACAAAAAAUGUGUGUUUCAUCUUGCCCCGAUCAUUACACACUGCCUCCAACUCCAACUUUUUUUUUUUAAACCUUACUGCAAUAGCUUUCAAGUGCUGGAAGACAGUUUGGCAACAGAAAACCUAAAAAUAUAAUCCAGAUUCAAGUUCUGCUGUCGAAUUAUCAGCAGAGUAUUGGUUUCUCCUUAGGCUUUCUCUGGUGUAGUAACCUGCAAGAAAGUAUUGUACAUACAAAAUUUUUGAGCACAUUGUGAAAGUGAUAAUGUGCUGACACUGCAUUAUUACCCAUUUGUAAGAACACUUUUAAGGAAAAUAUCAAGAUGUGCACAAUGUAUAAUUUAAAUGAUCCUCCACAAAUACAUACAGUGUCAUAAGAUUAGGGCUGCAAGUAAUGAUUAUUUUAUCAAUUAUCCUUUCAUUUUUUUUCUUGAUUCCUCUAUUAAUUGGUCUAUAAAACAUCAGAAAACAUGGGAAAAUGCUUGUUAAAGUUUCUUAAAGUCCAAGGUGACGUUUUCAAAAUGUCUUGUUUUGUCUGAUCAACAGUCCAAAACCACAAAACAUUGAGUGUACUAUCACAUAAGACAUAGAAAAGCAGCAAAACCUCACAUUUGAGAAGCUGGAACUAGCUAAUGUUUUGGUAUUGGUAUAUGGUAAUGGUAUUUUUGCUUGAAAACUGAUUUAAAACGAUUUAAUGAAAACGGUUUGCAAUUUAUUUUCGCACUUGACUAAUUGUUUCAGCUCUAAAUAAGAUUACUUUAAAGUUCUGCCUUUUAAUUUGACUUGAAGGUUUUGUAGCAGCUCUGAUUCACACUCAAGCUAAAUGAUGUCUCUGGUUGUCUGAUCAGCAAUUAAAAUCCCUUUUGAAGUUUUGCGCUGUAAGCCCCUUCUCCUGCUAUCCACUCAGCUCUCCUUGCACUUUACCAGUAACUUGUGUUUUGUGUGUAGUCUGUGCCAAGUGAUAGUUUUGCAAUACAACAAUACAAUUACUUAGUUAAAAACAUUUUGAUCCAUUGAGUCCUGGUAGUAUAAUGGGCAUAGUUCCUAAAUUUUACUGCACCUACUUAUAAAUGACUUGAUCUCCUUUGCUAUUUCACUGCUAGUGAUCCACUGUCCUGGUAUAGUUCACUGAAAAACAUUGCCCUAAUGUAUUUCAACAGCUUUAUAUAUUUUAUAAAAAAGGAAAAAGAAUUUGCAAGCCUCUGUUUCUGUGCUAUAGCCAUGGCUACUUCCCUGCCAAAUUGUAGUUUAAAAGUGAUGUUUUCUUAGCUUAUUACAUGAACACUGGCUUGACCUAAGCUGAAAGGUGGUCCUAUUUGUAUUCUUGCUCUUGUGUUUGAUUGUGGUCCUUUAGUUUGACAGCUAGGUGGCAUCACUGACACAGUAUACAUUAUAGGUGACCACCUGAACUCAAAUUUUAAUCAGUAUUUUAUUAAGACCACGAACCACAGUUAACUAUACUUGUGCGAUCCAAACGUAACCACUAUUUAACAUUGAUGUUGAGUCUCAAUCUUUUUCCAUUGUUCCUCACGGUUCCUACCUACAUUUGUUAUUAGUCUGAAAAUCAAACUCCUAUAUGCACAAUAUUGAGGGAGGAUUUAUUUUGCUUGCCUGCACUUUUUUUAGUUUUAUUUUUUUAUAUCAAGUAAUUCGGGACCUCAUGAUUAUCAUGGCCAUUUGUCUUAACCGCUAAUACUCAGUUCUGUCAUAGGUGAGCUAUGCAUUGUGAAUCUUGGACCUGUGCAUAUUUGUGUAAUGUAAUUUUCAGACAUACUUGUAGACCUGUACAGUUGAAUGUAUGGGCUUUUGUUAUUUUUGUUUUGUGUCGUUCACUGAGCCAAAAACAGCACAGAAAUGGCAUUGCUACAUCAAUGCGAGUGAAAAUUAGCAUGAUGGAAGAUUAAGUGGGAAGAGUCUGGACGUUGAAAUGGGGAGAUGGUGCUGAUGUCUCAUUCGAGUGAUACUGUAGCUUUAAGUCAUAAAUAGAAACAGAGAGCAGAUUUUUGUGGGACACAAGUUGUCAUUUUCAGCUGAAAUGAUACUCCUUCUUUGAUUUUGUUUUUUAAUCAUAUCCUUUUCUUAAGACUCACAUGUCAUAAUAUACUGUACAUCCCUUUUUACAGCCAUAUUGUCAUUCUAUCAAUUGUGAAGUACACAGGGAGAAUAAUAAAAUACAACUUGGGAGAGAAAAAAAGACACAAACAUUGUAAAUAUCACAUUGAAAUAAGAGAUCUACUUAAGUUUUACUGUACUUUCUAAAACUCAUGAAAAUGUAUCUACAAUUUGUAGAUAUGUGUACUUUUGAUUUAAUAAAAUAAGAUUAUAAAACAUCA